GUUAUUACAACGAAGAACUGUGUUCCUGUUCUGGUGUUCCUACUCAAAUGUAACAUGACAGCAAUUCACAAGAUGCAGUGCACAAAGGGACAUAGUGACUGUGUCCCAGCCUGGCGACUGCCGCAGUGCUGGCCUCGCUGCUAGUGCUGGCCUCCAGGGCUCUCGCAGACACUCCUGCCAACUGCACGCAGGGCGAUGUCAUCGGAGAGUGGCUGUUCCAGGAAACCGCCCGGAGAUACGACCACACAGCGGAGUGCGACAACAUGACGGCGGCCAGCGUGGAGCGGCUGUACGUGGUGAGGCUGCAGGCGCCUGGCCUGGCCGUGGACGAGUUCGGCAACCGGGGCCGCUGGACCAUGGUGUACAACCAGGGCUUCGAGCUGUCCGUCAACGACCGGUCCUACUUCGCCUUCUCCGCGUUCCAAUACACGGACGAUGACGUAAUCAGCUACUGCGACCGCACGACGCCAGGGUGGGCACAUGACGUCACACUCAGACACUGGUCAUGUUUCACCGCCAAAAAACUGUCCUCCAAUCACACUGCGAAAGUGCACAAGACACCGAAGAUUCAUGGCAGGGACCAGGUGGUGCCGGAGCAGCACCACAGGAGCACCGUGCAGCGAGUGAACUCGGCCCAGUCCUCGUGGACGGCGCAACUCCACGAGCCCGUGCUGGGCCUGACUCGCGGCCAGCUGCUGGCCCGCCGCGGCGGGGAGAGGGCGUGGCUGCCGCACAGACCCGCCCCCGCCCCCGCCUCCAAGGAGCUCAAGAUGGCCGCCGCCAGCCUGCCGCCACGCCUGGACUGGAGGAACAUGAGCGGCGUGAACUUCGUGUCGCCCGUCAAGAACCAGGGAGGCUGCGGCAGCUGCUACGUCUUCUCGGCCACGGGCAUGCUGGAGUCGCGCCUGAGGAUCCGCACCGGCGACACGCAGCAGGCGCUGCUGUCCGAGCAGCAGGUGCUGGCCUGCAGCAGGCUGUCCCAGGGCUGCGAGGGGGGCUUCCCCUACCUCGUGGGCCGCUACGCGCAGGGUCACGGAGUGGUGGAGUCGUCCUGCUAUCCGGCCUACAGUGGCGUCGACACAGAGUGUCGCAACAGCAGCUGCGACCGGCACUUCGCGGCCCGCUACCGCUAUGUUGGAGGCUACUUCGGCGGCUGCAACGAGGAGGGCAUGAUGCUCGCCCUGAUGCGAGGACCCAUCGCCGUCAACUUCCUCUCGUACGACGACCUGGACCACUACAAGAGCGGCGUGUACCACCACACCGGCGCCGAGCAGAUAGACGACACCUUCCCCUACCACGCGGUGGACCACGCGGUGCUGGUGGUGGGCUACGGCACGCACGAGGUCUCGGGCGAGAAGUACUGGAUCGUGAAGAACAGCUGGGGAGAUGCGUGGGGUGACCACGGCUACUUCCUCAUGCGGCGUGGUACCAACGAGUGCGGCAUCGAGAGCCUGGCCUCCGAGGCCGACCCUAUACCCUAGAGCCCGGGGCCUGGAGACCCGUGCUGCACAGCCUGCUGACAUUAACCCCGAGUCCAAAACACCAGCAUCAUCUACGUUCUUGCAACAUCGCAUUUUAUUUCUUGUUGCUGUUGUAAAUGUUAAGCAUUGGUUACUUUAGGUGUGUUACAUAGAUAUAAUUCUUGAAUAAUUUAAUUUUUUAAGGGUAGGUUUAUGCAUUGUAAAAUUGUAUAAUUUUUGUGUGUAUGGGAUGACUGAUGAUGAAAUAUUAAAUGAUGGAUGUUGGCCA